CGAGGGAGAUGACGCCGGGUGAAGGCUGCUGAGAGCCUGCCCAGCCCCGCCGCAGGCCGAGCGGGUGGCCGCGCACUCGGGCUCCGGCAGCAUGGACGUGACCGUGGAUCUGUACCUGGCCGUCCCGCUGCUCUUCACCGUCCUGGCCAUCGUCCUCGCUUCGGUCUUUGUGAAGCUGCGGGGAGGCGAGGGGCAGCGGGCGGCGGAGCGGCAGCCAGAGCCGGGCAAAGCGGAGCCGGGCAAAGCGGAGCCGGGUAGAGAGGAGCCGAGCUCGGCCGCCGGGGGCGAAGCGGAGCCGCAGGGAGCGGCUGAGGGGCCGGGGGUAGAAGGGAGCCGGGUGCCGGUGGAGGAGGUCGGGGCGGGCGGCGAGGAGAAGGAGAAGGAGGAGGAGAAGGAAGAGAAGGAGAAGGAGAAGGAGGCGGCGGUGGCCGAGCAGAAAUCCGCGGCCGAGCAGAAAUCCGCGGCCGAGCGGAGCCCCGAGAGCAUCCCCCGCCCGCCGGCCGCCGCCGAACACCGGGAGCAGCAGCAGCAGGAGGAAGAGGAGGAGGAAGAGAGCAAGGAGGAAGAUCCAGACUCAGACAGUGAGAAGCUGAUGGUGAAAGAGACGGAGGAUGAUGAUGCUGCAGAUGAGACGUUCUCUUUUAAGUACAGUCCUGGAAAGCUGAGGGGAAACCAGUACAAGUCAAUGAUGACCAAAGAAGAGCUUGAGGAAGAACAAAGGGUUCAGAGAGAGCAGCUGGCUGCCAUCUUCAGGCUCAUGAAGGAAAAGAGUGACACAUUUGGAGAGAUGUCUGAAGGAGACAUGAAGGAGCAGCUUAAAUUGUAUGAUAUAUAACCGUACAGCCAGUGAAGACGAUGCCCAAAAGUCAUCUUGGUCAUUAUUAUACAGGACUGUGGAGAUUGUAGUGCUAUAAAUGUGUUUCAGUAGUUAUUUUGCAUUUCCAGGUUGUUUUGCAAAUGCACACAGGCCUGUGAUAUGUAUUUCUUAAGACUUGCAGUUUUUCACCCUUUUAAUCAUUUUUUUCUUGAAGAACUGUAAUGGUAUUUUUGACUUGUGUAGAGAUUUUAUCUCUGGCUGAGCCAUAUGUCUCAGUCACAUAAUCUAGUUAAACUUGUAACUUCUUCCUGGUCAUGCUCCGUAGGAAUGAACUUUCAAACUUUGUAAUGUAUUGCUUUGAUAGCUGAAGGAAGCCAAAGAUGAUAGAAGAGCAGAUUUAAAACGAAUGGAAAGAAUAGUAUAGAGUAAUUCAGGUUGGAAGGGACAUGGGUUGGGAGGGACGUAAGGAGAUCAGUAGUUCAACCUCCUGCUCAAAGCAGCAUCAGCUGUGAGGUUAGGCCAGGUUACUCAGGGCUUUAUCCUGUUGGGUCUUGAAAACCUCCACAGAUGGAGACUGCACAACCUCUCUUGGCAGAGAGGCUUCCAAUCCUACAGUUAGAAAACAAAUAGCCAAAGCCAAAGCAUUAGUGCUGAGAUUAGAUGUGAGCUGCCAUUCUCAUCUCCUUGAAAGGAAUACUUCAUCCUCCUUCACACUGGCUUUUUGACACAAAUCCAAGAUGGUUCCGGCUGACCCCGCUGAGCUCAGCUUCAUGCCUGUGAAAACAGCAGCUGGCUGCAUCCUGGGAGCAGAGACAUCUCUUCGCCUCUUGACACCGGUGAAAGCAGUGCAGAAAAGUGGCUGGCAUCUUUACAAGGACAAUUGCGUUCAACUCAGAUUGUGUUCUUGUAAUGCAAAAAUGAUGCGAGAAUCUACGCACUUAGGAAAUCUCUGUGAAGCUAUCAAGUGUUUUGAACAGUUUUGAUCAAACCUUGGCGGUUUAGGCAGAGUAAAUCAGUCAGCAUUCCUAAUUUAAACUGAUUGUCUUCUUGUGUAGCUUUCAUGAAAUCCUGUUAAAUACUUUAUUGGAAAGGAUUGUCUUGGUUUUAGUAACUAUUCACACGUUUUCUGACCUCGUUUUAGGGAAUGGUCUCUUUGGAUGAGGUUUUCUUUAUUUUGUACAAUUCUUUAGAGCCUGAUGGCACCAAGAACCACAUUAUGUGGUCACUGUUUCCCACUACAGUACAUUCCGUAACACUGUAUGCUUUUUGACUUCUAGGAAUCAUUUUAUCUUCUAAUUGUUUUCACAUAAGCCAGGGCAUGCUGAUUAUGAGAUCAAGCUGGCUCUACUGCCAAGUCAUGACUUAACCUAAAUAUCUGGGUGUUCUCGUGUUCAGCACGUGGUCAAAGGUGUCUCACAAAGUGAAAAAUCAAGCAGACCAACAUCUUGCUGUGUGUGGGAACCACAAUUUCCUUUGUCAAACUGUAAAACGGAAGAAAGGUAGGAAAUUCCUAUGUGGGAAUUCUCUUUCGUUCCAUCUGGGCAAUGGGAUUUUUUUCCAAGGUUAUUCUUGAAAGCAAGCAAAAGAGAAAUCAGAUUUGGAAGACUUUUAGACUUUGCUUAGUAGACUCUACAGUUUAUUUCCAGAGUUUUUUUAUAUUUCUUCUUUUACACGUGAGCCUUCUCUGCACAUGAAUAUGUCUGAAAAACACCUCCCCAAGCACCUCAUCAUGAAAUGGUGCCCGCAGUGCCCACCCCACACAGGGAAGAGUGGCUGCCACCAACCCAUCCUGUCUCCUAAGAGCAGUGCCUCCACGAUCGUGACAGGACAGCGGUAAAAGCUGUCAUCGACAAGGCCCGUAUUUCAGAGAGGAAUAAGGCUAAGUCUAUCGAGGGCCCUAGGCCACGUCCGCCUGGAGAGGUGGCAGGCGGGGCGGGUCAGCAGCAGGCCUCGUUGCCAUGGCGACCGCCCGCUCCCCGCGCGGCACCCGUAGCUCGCCACGGCACGGGAGGGGCAGCGCGGGAAAGGCGUCCGCGCCGCCGUUGUCAUGUAAUACGCAUGCGCGCUGUGUGACGCAGCCCUACUGCGCAUGCGUGCUGGGAGUGCAGUGUCUUUCCGGGGCGGCGGGCGCGCAUGCGCCGGGCCGCGCUAUUAGGGCGGUGCGUGAUAAGAUGGCGGCGCCGCUUUGCGUGUUCGAAUGAGUUUCCAGACGAGUUUUGAGGCUGUCGUAGCACUAAAAAAGACAAAAAAAAAAAAAAAAAAAAAUCCCUCUCCAAAUCC